AAUGCACCGUAGGAGCGGAAGCGCCCGCCUACAGUUGCCGGCAGCAGUCCCGCGAUGGUGGGCGGCGGCGGGAUGGGGGGCGGCCUCCUGGAGAACGCUAACCCCCUCAUCUACGAGCGCUCUGGGGAGCGGCCAGUGACCGCGGGCGAGGAGGACGAGCAGGUUCCAGACAGCAUCGACGCGCGCGAGAUCUUCGAUCUGAUUCGCUCCAUCAAUGACCCGGAACAUCCACUGACGCUAGAAGAAUUGAACGUAGUAGAGCAAGUCCGGGUUCAGGUGAGUGACCCCGAGAGCACAGUGGCUGUGGCCUUCACACCCACCAUCCCGCACUGCAGUAUGGCCACACUUAUUGGCCUGUCCAUCAAAGUCAAGCUUCUGCGAUCCCUUCCCCAGCGUUUCAAGCUGGACGUGCACAUUACACCAGGGACCCAUGCCUCGGAGCAUGCAGUGAACAAGCAGCUUGCGGAUAAAGAGCGGGUGGCAGCCGCCCUAGAGAACACCCACCUGCUGGAGGUUGUGAACCAGUGCCUAUCAGCCCGCUCCUGAGCCUGAAUUUUUGCUCCCAGCCCCACGCAGGGCUCAUGGCCUUGUUUUCUUGAAACACUGACAAUAAGAAACUAACAUUUUGCAUUUUGUAAUAAACACUUAAUUUAUAUUCA